UACGGUCUGAUGGAACUACUGGUGUGGUGGAACAUAAGGCUGUACCGUCAACCAUAUCUGACAUACACCAGGAGGCUGAGAGAGAUUGGGAUAGAUUGAUGCAGCGUCGGCUGGAACCUGCACCCCUUGAUGUCUAUCUGAGGAAAUGGCCAUCCGUACCUGUCACCUUGCCAGCCUCCUCCCACCUCAAGCCUCCUCUGUCACCAUCACAGUACAAUGCUCCCGUUCCUUCCUCCAUGUGUGCGGAGGCUAGAGCGGUUUUAGACCAGGUGCAAUCCAGCCGGGCGUGUCUGCAAGCCAACCUGGAAGCUGUGAUUAGGGCCAAGGAACAGGAAGAGUUCUACAACUACUUGGAUAGUCUGCAUUUGGAAGGUGAAGCUGCUGAGAAAGCUCAGCUGAGGUACAAAGUAGGAAGAAUGAUUGCAGCAAUUGAUGAGGAAAUCAAGCAUGAAGUCCCUAUCAAGCCAAGGAAAGCCGAGUCUUCUAUUCAAGGUAUUGGCAACAAUAAAUUGGAAAAACCAAGCAACCUUGCAUCUAGACCUGUCAAGACUGGUACCAAGAAGAAACCAGUAUCAUCCAAGAUAGACUCUGGCUUGAGGAACCAGACUACAUCCAAGGGGGAAGACAAGAACAUGGUCAAAGGAAGACACAAUAAGGAAAACUUUGCCCAGCCAAAGAAACUUCCCAUCAGCCAAGCCAAACGACAACCCACAGUUGACCACAAUCGAGAUGAAGCCUAUCUGACCAGGGUCUAUGGCAAAGCCUUGUAUCAGAUGAGACGGUCAACCAUGAAGAAAGAACCCUAUCUGAAAUAUACAACCUCAUCCCCACAAAGCAAACCAGCAAGGUCACUCUCGGCUGCACAAGUCAAAGGGACUGAAAUGAAAUCCGCCAAGACACAGACCACACCAAAAUCUGGAGCCAUCCCCGUCCCGAAUCCAAACAGCCAGUUCUUCUUUGACCCUUACCCCACCCUCCAAGCCACUAUGCAACAAGAGCAGCCAAGCCAUCAACCUGCCCCCGUGACUGCCCCAAGCCACGGUCAACUCAUACCAAUGGCCGUACCCCUUGGGCCACCUCAAAGGGGCGGGCUGACCCAGCCCGUGACCAUUAAGACAGAUGGUCUGGAGAGGGGUGUGGUCAAGGAUCUAGAGCGGAGGGAUGUGCAGAGCAACGUGGCUGUUGUUAAUGUCAAAUCGAAGAAGAAACCACAGCUAACUGUGCAGCAUCUACCUGCCGUUGACAUAGAUACAGAACCUCCCAGCUCAGCGUCCAGCAUAAUAGAGCAUCAUCAAUCUCCAGAGAGAGUUGGACGAACUGAAAUAUCAGAACCGGAUGACAGCAGGCUCCCUGGGCAAUCCAGUCCCUCACAAUUCUCCCAUUAUUUAGCUGUAGCUGAUGAGGAUGUAGAGCCACAAAAUGAAUCUGAAGAUGAACUACCCGCACCAGGUAUCUCAUUACCAGGCCACUACAGUGAGACAAGACGCCCCUAUCAUGGCCCACCCUUCCCUCCUCAAGCCCCGCCCUCCAUCCCAUCCAGGGCGGGGCCCUCGUCAGAGCAACUGGCUGCUGACAUGAGGAAGGACCUCAUUGAGAACAAGGCUCUGGAAUGGAUUGAGCAGGAGUUAAUGGCCAGGAUGAUCAGUGAGUUAUACAGCAAGCAACCAGCAGUACAACCAAGACCCGAGUCACCAGACUCGAGCUUGGCCUCAUCAUCAAAUGAUUCCAUCGUUGAUACAAUAGGACCAGCUGGACUGCAGCUGUUUGUAGAUGCUGGUCAGGCAGUAGAUCAUGCAUUGGUCAGUGCAUUGGUACGUGAGGUCCUAGAGGAGAAAGUGACCACUGUGUUGGGUCAGCAUGAUAGAGACAUUCCACGUCAGCAAACAUCCCCAACUCCACAGGCAACGGCAUCCCCGGUUAUUCCCAGAUCACCAAUCCCAACCCCCGAGGUGACCCCUCUACCUAGCCCAGUGCAUACCCCGCCCAGGGCUGCUUCUCUUGUAGCCACACCCCUAGCAAGUCCAAGUCAUUCAUCCCCAGCUGAGUCCGAGACAGAGAAUCUGGAAGAGCUUGCUCGGACAAUGGAUGCUACUGCAUCUGAUGAGCCGAUCCCAGCCCCUUCAGCUCGUGUUGCCACACCCAUCAACACCCCUCCCCCUUCCCCACCGCCAGACAUUGCCACCCCUCCUCUGUCACCAAGGGAAUCUCCAAAGCUGAUCUCAGUCAUCGAUGGGUCCAUUAUCACCCCAGUACCUACCCCUCAACCUGUGAGUCCAGAACCGGAGAUGGAGGAGUCUCUUCAGUUACCACCGACACCUGAACCUGUUGUCAUUGAAGAAGAGCCUAUUCCACCAACUCCAACCCCUUCACUCCUGACACCUUCCACACCCACCCCUUCACUGAGCACAGCGACUACGACCCAGCCUAGUCCCUGUACAGAAACAGCAGGACGUUCCAUUUCAGAAGGGGAGUGGCUCAUCAGUGGUAAGAGUGAGGGGCAGAUUGACUCCACAGAAGAUGAGCCUGGAGCCAUUGGUCUUCCUGAACUCUCCUCAGGUACUAGUAUUGAUAGCACUCUAAUGGGAGCUGAGGAACUGGAACCGGAUUUACAGGAUGAUGAACUGAGUGAAGGUGAGAUAUCUCCGGUCAAACGAACCCCUAGACUCCUCACCCGAGACCCUGUCGUUGCCAUCUUAGCCCAUAUGAGCCAACGCCCUGACCCAUCAGCGGCCCCGCCCUACUUCACAUCAUCCCAAACCCUCAACAACAACGGCACAAAGAGUCUGGGAGAGGUCAGUGUAGGUCAGUGCCCUAUUUUGACCCCAUCUUCUGAGAGGAUGCUCUUUAAAGAAGCAUAUGGAACCAAACCUCCAGAGGUGACUCCAAGGUCAGAGGUCAGGUCGGUGGUCAGGAGAGAGGUCAGUGGUGGAGAGCAACGUGACACAGCGCGGCAACAAGUGGAUGAUUUCACGCUUCGAGUGUCACAUCUUGAGAGGACGGAUGUUGAGGAUGAGACAGAUGAGCUAGGCGCUGCAGCCACAGUGCAGCCAAUUAAACAGGCCAAGCCUCAUCCUGCACCUAGAAUCAUACAGGUUGCAGGGAGACCGAGUCCAAGCCCUGAACCUGAUGAAGAUGAUGAGAGACCGUAUCCAUCAGAGGAACGAUACGAGAACUCAAGGAGAAGAGGAGAGAUGGAUGUAGAGCAUCAUGGAGGUGAUGAAGAUGAUAAUGUAGGUGGUUUCCAUGGUAGAAGGGGCCUGCCUCCAAGAGCUUCUAUCCCAUCAAACCUCUUUGGAACACAGACCAUGAGUGACCUUGGAACACGAACCCUGACCCCGGAUGCACUUAACCUAGAAGCCCUCCUCCAAUCAGGUUACCUCAGUCAAACCUUCAGCCAAUCAGAAGGAGGCACAAGCGAUUUUGAAUCCCAGCGACCAAUGGGUCAAACGCUGGGAUCAACCGGCCCCACUUUCCAUGAGCCAACUUACGAUGACUCUCAGAACAUCACCGAAGGGUCUCUGGAGCUACCAGAGAGUCGGGACCCCGGGGCUCGGAUUCCAGGGAUGAUGUCCUUCUCGGUGACGUUACCCUCGGCCGUCGAGUCACAGGGGAUUGAUCUGAGUCAGACAAUAAGUGAAGGGGAGUUGCCGGUCCCGGACACGACAAGUGACGUGUCUGAACUUUCUGGUGGAGAUCUGUGAAAAAAUAAAAACUUCUGAAAAUGCAGCUUGAAAGACCAGUGAAUUUGGGAACAGCUAACCAGAUUUUUUUGAGGUUUUGAUGGAUUUGGGAUGUUUGUGAAUCUCUCAAUUUAUAAAAUCACUUAAAUUUUAUGCAUAGAUUUCCUUUGCAGCUGGUAGUAUCGACACACAGCAGUCAAUUACAAAAUAUAAUUUGUAAACACAAAUUGAAAAUGUGCCUGUUUUCUGUACUAUACAAUUUCCACAUAAAAAAAACAUGUCAAACCAAUGUAUUCAUAUGUAAACAAAU